AAGACAGAAAGUCUGUUGGAAGCGUCUGCUGCCCUCUCGGCUCUGGAGACGAGGCGGGAGGGCUGGAGACAGCCGUGGGGACACGGCGCAGAUGAUCCCGUCCCGGCAGACGUGAGCGUCAGGGACCAGGAUGCUGGAGGGUCAGCUGGAGGCCGGGGAACCCAAGGAGGACACCCACCCAGAGGACCCAUGCCGGGGAGCUGGGGCGGACACGGAGAAGACAGCUGUGGCAGCCGAGGUCCCCAGGGAGGACAGCAACGCCCAGGAGAUGCCACCAUUACAGCAGCAGAUCACCAGACUCCACCAAGAGCUCGGGAGGCAGGAGUCGCUGUGGGCUGACGUUCACAGGAAACUCCAGAGUCACACAGAUGCUUUGCGGAAGCAGAGCCUGGAGCUCCGAGAAGAGCUGGGAGCUCUGGCGCAGCCGCAGUGGAAAGCCGAGAAGAAGCCUGCAGCCUCCCCACACGCGGGACGGGGAUCGCACACUCUGGGACCUACGGGGCAUUUGCGUUUUUGUAUGGUGUGCAUUAUGUAAAAAUAGCGUCCUCGU